UGUUAUUAAAAAAUAAAAUUGUUGCAAAAACUAAAAUUCUUAGCGACAAGUUCUAUUAUCUUAUUUAAAUUUUCGUUCUUUUGCAAUAACAACGAAUUUUAUAUAAUCCAUGAAUAUAGCAGUACAUGCAGCAGUCUUUAUUAGGCGAAUAUGAUUUCGUUCGGUAUUCGAACUCUGAAGAUUGUAUCAUAAUGUGACUUGUCAUGCGAACUUUUUAAAUAAAUAGAUUUUAAAUAGAUAUGCCAUAUAUAUCAUUAUUGUCAUCUUGUAUUGGCAUUAAAUCGUUGAAAUUAAAAUAGGAUCUAUGAUUUGAGAAUAUUAACCUAAUGCGGGUAGAUUGAUUUAAUUUUAUCAACCCAAGAUAAGAUAUAAAACCAUGUUAUUAAUAAGAGGUGGUCAGAAACUGGGUGCAUUUUAUGGAUUGUCAACAUAUAUUAAUAACUCUAAUCAGAAACAGAUCAAGAUAGCUUUAAGCAGUUUAUGUUCUUUUAAGAAUUUUAGUACUUUAUCCUCUAUCAAAAUUAAGUACAAAUAUAAAAUACACUUUGACAUAGAUGACAAAGUUAAACCUUUGUUAGGCUUAAAUACAUUGUGUUAUAUUAAUUUAUCCGAUUGUCAGGAGAGAAGAUAUUCAGGAUUAGCGGCGAGAAUACUUAAUAAUUCUUCCCCAAAAAUACAACCAUACAUGAGGCUUAUGAGAAUAGAUAAACCUAUUGGAUCAUGGUUGUUAUUUUGGCCUUGCGGUUGGAGUAUAGCUAUGGCAGCACCUCCAUCCUGUUUACCGGACUUUAAGCUACUGACAUUAUUUGGAAUAGGCGCAUUUAUAAUGCGUGGUGCUGGUUGUACCAUAAACGAUAUGUGGGAUAAAGAUAUCGACAAAAUGGUAGCAAGAACAAAGGAUAGGCCUUUGGCAACUGGACAACUUACAUAUUUACAGUCGUUAAUUUUUCUUGGAGGACAAUUGAGUUUAGGUUUACUUGUGUUAUUACAAUUAAACUGGUAUAGCGUUUUACUCGGCGCAAGUUCUUUAGGUUUAGUAAUAAUUUAUCCUUUGAUGAAAAGAAUAACAUAUUGGCCUCAAUUUAUAUUGGGAAUGACUUUCAAUUGGGGUGCUCUCUUAGGAUGGUCCGCAGUACGAGAGUCGUGCGAUUGGUCCGUAUGCCUACCGCUUUAUGCUGCUGGAGUUUGUUGGACUAUCAUAUACGAUACCAUUUAUGCUCACCAAGAUAAGGUAGACGAUCUACUACUAAGCAUUAAAUCGACCGCGUUAAAGUUCGGAGAUAAAACAAAACUGUAUUUGUCAGCAUUUGGCAUAACUAUGAUGGCAGGAUUAAUAACAUCUGGUAUUGUAACUACGCAAACUUGGCCAUAUUACGUUGCAGUGGGAUUAACUGGAAAGCAUCUUGUCAAUCAGAUAUGUACUUUAGAUAUCGAUAAUCCCAAGGAUUGCGCUCAAAAAUUUAUAUCUAAUCAGAGAAUAGGAAUGAUGAUUUUCGCAGGUAUUAUUUUGAGCAAUUUAUUGAAAGACCUUCCAAAGAAGCAAGAUCAAAAAAAUAAGCAAGAUGGGGAAAAAGAUUGUAUAAAAUAAAGAUACAAGUUGUUAGAGUGCCAUUGAUUAGUGAAAUUUACCGAAUUUAUAAUUCUCCGAUAUAUGUAAUUUAAUCUAGGAAAGGAAAUACACGAUACUUGUCACUCGUA